CUCAGCAGGAAAAUGAAGAGGGUUGCCACUGAGAACAAACCGCACUCUUGCAGCCCAAUCAGUGUGCUGAGAUCAAAAUAUCUCUUGAAAACACUUCCACCCAGCGUUUCGCCCAAUGUUUACGUAACCAGGUUGGCUCCACCAAAUUGCGCGCUAAUCCCACCCAAAUUGGCCCUGAAAAAAACAGAUCAAUAAUCAAACCAAGAAAACGAAAACCCAAAUAAUACAAAUACCCUGCAAACAGAACUGCAAGAUAACCG